AGAAAGGACGAAAAUUUAGGAAGAAGAAGAAGAAUUUGGAGUAUUUAUUAAUGGGGUUACGGUUUAUCCAUUCAUUUGACGUAAGGGCUGAGGCAAAUUUCCAUCUUCUUAAGCAUUUAUUUACUCUCUUCCACUGAAAUCUGUCAUACAAUCAGUCAUACAGUAAAACGAAGGAUCCUGAUUGAAUACAAAAAUGUCAGGUCCUCAAUGCUGUUCAAACCCACCAACUCUAAACCCCAGCAGCGGCGCCGGCCAUAUCGAACAACUCGGUGGCCUUACCACCUACGUCUCCGGCUCCCCUGACUCCAAACUCGCUGUCCUUUUUAUUACCGAUGUCUACGGAUUUGAAGCUCCACUUUUAAGGAAGCUAGCAGAUAAGGUUGCAGCUGCUGGGUUCUUUGUGGUUGCUCCUGAUUUCUUCCAUGGAGAUCCAUUUGUCCCAGAUGAUGCUAAUAGGCCCAUUCGGGUUUGGUUACAAGAUCAUGAAACUGAAAAGGGUUUUGAUGAUGCGAAGCCAGUAGUUGAAGCUCUGAAAAACAAAGGUAUCACAGCGAUUGGAGCCGUAGGCAUUUGCUGGGGUGCCAAGGUUGUGGUUGAGCUUGCAAAAGUGGAGUUGAUUCAAGCUGCUGUGUUGCUACAUCCUUCGUUUGUCACAGUCGAUGACAUCAAAGGGGUCAAAGCUCCCAUUUCGAUACUAGGAGCGGAGAUCGAUCACAUGUCUCCUCCAGAACUCUUGAAAGAAUUUGAAGAAAUCUUGUCUGCAAAGCCUGAGGUCGACGGGUUCGUAAAGAUCUUUCCAAAGGUUUCUCAUGGGUGGACUGUGAGGUACAAAGUGGAAGAUGAAGAGGCUGUCAAAUGUGCAGAUGAAGCUCAUGAGGACUUGUUGGCUUGGUUUACUAAGUAUGUUAAGUAAUUGAAUUGGCCAUUGUGAAUCCCUGUUGUUAGUAUCUUUGUGUUGUGAGCCAUUUUACUCUUUAAGCUCAGAAUAAGACGUUGGGAUAUGCUGCUGCUUUCUAAUAUCUCAUUGAAAAACAUGGGAACAGUCGUAAUAUUAGCAGAUUUGAUGAUGAUCAUGUUGAUGAUAGUACAACAAUAAGUUUUGCAUU